AUGACACAAUCUAAUACCGUCCUGAUAACCGCUGGUCCUUACAAGUUCCUGGCCACAUUCGAGCCAUCCGCCCCGAAAACAAUCGAGCUCUUUCGCUCCCUGUUACCUUAUAAACAGAAGAUCAUUCAUGUGCGAUGGAGCGGAGAGGGAUUGUGGAUUCCACUAGGCGAGACUGAUUUCGGUGUUCCUUUUGAGAAUCAUACCACACACCCAUCUGCCGGUCAAAUUCUUCUAUACCCGGGCGGUUUUUCCGAAACAGAGUUCCUGUUUUGUUAUGGCGGAGUCUCUUUUGCGAGCAAAAUGGGGCCGUUGGCUGCCAAUCAUUUCUUGACUAUUUUUGAAGGGAAAGAACAUUUGCGAGCAUUGGGAGAAUUGGUGUUGUGGAAAGGAGCUCAGGAUGUUUUGUUUGAGAUGGCUGAUGAUGCUAAGUAA